CAACGACCUCCAGUUGCGGUCCCAAAAUUGCCUAGUUGAUCUUUCAUGCCGUGUCGUCUGUAGGUAAUAUUCAAUCAUGGCUGUCGGUAAAAAUAAGGGACUCUCCAAAGGAGGAAAGAAGGGAGUUAAGAAGAAGGUAGUUGACCCUUUCACAAGGAAGGAUUGGUAUGAUGUUAAGGCUCCAUCAAUGUUUAAUACCCGUCAAAUCGGGAAGACUCUUGUCAACAGAACACAAGGAACUAAAAUUGCUUCUGAAGGACUCAAAGGUCGAGUUUUCGAGGUGAGCUUAGCCGAUCUUCAGAAUGAUACUGAUGCUGAAAGGUCAUUCAGGAAAUUCCGUCUCAUUGCUGAAGAUGUUCAGGGCAGAAAUGUUUUGACCAAUUUCCAUGGUAUGGACUUGACCACAGAUAAACUGAGGAGCAUGGUGAAAAAGUGGCAAACAUUAAUCGAAGCCAAUGUUGAUGUUAGAACCACUGACGGAUACUUGUUGAGAGUUUUCUGUAUUGGAUUCACUAACAAGGACCAGAUGUCUCAGCGUAAAACUUGUUAUGCCCAACACAACCAGGUCAGAGCUAUUAGGAAAAAGAUGGUUGACAAUAUUACAAACAACAUUAGUAACAGCGAUUUGAGGGUUGUGGUCAACAAAUUGAUCCCCGAUUCCAUUGCAAAAGACAUUGAAAAAAUAUGCCAAGGCAUCUAUCCUCUUCAUGAUGUCUACAUUAGGAAGGUUAAGGUACUGAAGAAACCAAGGUUUGAGUUGAGCAAACUUCUUGAACUUCAUGGUGAUGGUAAAGGCUCUGAUGAACCUGGUUCUAAGGUUUCAAGGCCUGAAGCUUAUGAACCUCCAGUUCAGGAAUCAGUUUAACUUUUAUUAAUCGUUUUGUUAAUAAAAGUAUUAAAUUUUUGUCUUGUUUUAUCUAUU